GUUAGGUGUCAAUGACCUUUAGUUCAGUGAUCACAGAUCAGCAUAGAAGAGUAGAAACGGAUUGUGGAAGAACAGUUAGAUACGCAAUUCUCCCAUAUUAAUAAUGGAUUUCAAGUAGUGAAACUUAAUGACAAGCUAUUAAAUUUAUUAAAAUGAGUGCCUAAAAGAAACAUUGUGGAUUUGUUAAAAAAUUUCAUUCAUAAUUCUUUACUUUGCGAAGUAUCAACAAAUAACAGAUUAAAAGAGAGAGAUUGUAUUGGGCAAAUUUACAACACUUGGAUGACCCUACUUCAAAAGGUUGUCUUAUGUACCUUACCACCCCCUAGUGGGACAGUCUAGGUCAGAAGCCUCCGGUUAUUCUUCGGGAGGCUCUUAUGUAUCCAAUCAACUCUUUGAAUUCCAUGCCUGCAGGAUUGUUGGAUUAUUUUCCUGAAGCUAAAGGCGAUGGACUCCGAGUGACGUGGGCUCGUGGCACAAACAGCAAACAACGACUAGCCAAUGGACUUAGAAGUCCAGCUAGCCUCGUGGAAGGUGAUGUGAGUAUGUCUUGCAAUAGCAGGUAUCCAGUACCCAUUAUGUCACAGUCAGCUUCUGUACCUAGUGAUCUAUUACUCGAGGAAUGGCUGCAAGAAGUACUUCGGUAUAACAACAAGGGAAUCCAACUGGAUUUUCAGUCCACGGAGGUGGUUGAGCCAGCAUGUCGAGUUUUGGCAAGAGUGGCUGAUCAUCUACGUGGUCCGAUUAUUCUGAAUGCUGAUAUUCAACUCGGACCCCACAGCUCUUCGAAUGUGCCAGUGGACUCAUGGACGUUCCUCACUCUAUGCCGAACUCGAUUUCCGCGGUCAAUCAUAUCUAUUGGGUGGACAACAGAUAUAUUGCCAUCUACCUAUCUUAAAAUAGGGUAUACCCGAGAACAUGUUGAUCGGAUGAUAGCUUUGGUGAAAGAGUACACACUGAUGCAGCCUGUUAUGUUUCCUGUCCAUGCAUCGCUCCUCAAGUAUUCUAUACCAGAAAUGCAGAGAUUGUUAUUUCAAGUUCCUAAUAGCUCGCUCUGUGUCUGGUCUACUAAAGCCAAUCCCAUCGAGUCCAUAGACGAGUUGCUGGCCAUCCGGAAAUCCUUCAACAUAGGGCAGGUUUUCUACAAACUGCCGGACGAGCAGUUAGAAUGCUUCUUCUCCAACACUUAAAGGAAUUCAGUCUGUUUUUACAUCCACAAAACCUUAUUGACAUUGUUUUAUAAAUGACUCUCAUAUUUAAUAGAGUUCGAUUUAUGUGUUUUGAGUCUUCGGUAACACUAGAAAGACGGAAGGAGGCAAAAUUGUCACUUUUCAAGCUUUUGUGGAAUUCACAAAUAUUGAUAGACUUUUCCUUUUUGAUUAUUAGGUGUAUUAACAUACAGGGUUAUUCAUAAUUCCCUCCGCCAGUAAACGGCAUUUUUCUUUACUACAACUGGCUUCAGUGGUACAUGUUACUGCCAUCUACCGGCAACUGCUUAAAUUAAAAC